AAUAUGUCUAAAGCAUGCAGGGUGUUGAAUCUAGAAGAAGAUGGAUCUUCAACUCCUAAUACAACAAUAAUAAAACUAGAUUAUGUCAACAAUAGUUCAAAUAUAACGACUUUUUUGACACCAUCACCAUAUCAUUUGCUUGACCACGAGUAUGGUAUGACUCCACAAAAUCAAAUCAUUCCAAAUCCAUUAACAUCACCUUUGGUUAAAUCUCAAGGUGUAAAACGUCGAUUGAAUUUAGAAACUUCAAAUUUUGGUUAUGAGGAGGUAUCCACUUCAAUGACUCCAAAAAGAAUGAGAAAAUGGUCAAGUUCUAGUGGUGGUAGUGAGAAUCCCAGUCCAGCACAGAGUGUUGCUGGUAAAAAGUGUGCUGAACGUCCAACUAGAUAUGAUACAUCUUUAGGACUUUUGACAAAAAAAUUUAUUGGUCUGUUGGAAAGUUCAGUUGAUGGUGUUGUUGAUUUGAAUAUUGCAUCUGAAAAAUUAGAUGUUCAAAAGCGUAGGAUAUAUGAUAUUACAAAUGUUUUAGAAGGUAUUGGAAUUUUAGAAAAAAAAUCUAAAAACAAUAUCCAGUGGAAAGGUGGAAAUAUGUAUGGAUCAGACAAAAAUACAGUUCAACAAGAUAUAGAUAUAAUGAAAGCCAAAGAAGAAGAACUAGAUAAAUUAAUAAUUAAUACUGAACGUGAUAUUAAACAGUUAACUGAAGAUAAAAGGUAUGGCUAUGUAUCUUAUCAAGAUAUUAGGUCUAUUGAGUCAUUCAGACAAAAAACUGUUCUUGUUGUAAAAGCACCACCUGAAACAGAACUCCAAGUACCUCAAGAUCAUGUUGAUGGAGAACAAAAAAUGUAUAUGAAAAGUAAUACUGGUGAAAUUGAGGUUUUCUUGUGUCCAGAAUACAAUGCUAGUGCAUCUACGCACCAACCUCAGAGCCAACUAAGGCCUUAUAUUACUCAAAAUAUCAGUGACAAUUCAAACAAUGAUAAUUCAGUCAUUAAGUCACCACAAAAACUUACUGUUAUUCAACAGUCUCCAACCUAUUCGUCUUACAAGUACAAAGUAGAAACAGUAAAGUCUUAUAUUGAAAAUGAUGAUGACCAUUGUGUAAUUGAUGUACCCAAAGAAGAUAUGAACAUUGAACAGCAACAGUUCAUUCCUAGCACUAGUGGUUCUGCUAAAGACAUGUUUGAAGUAUCAUGUGAGCCUUUCUUGAUGUUAGAACCACCUAAUGAGGAUGAUUAUAACUAUUGUUUGGAUUCAGAAGAAGGUCUUGGUGAUCUAUUUGGUUUCAGGCUAGAAUAAUAAAGUUACAGUUAGUUAAAAUAAUUUAUUGUAAUUUAUAAGCCAAUAUUCUUCUUUCUUUCUUGUAUAACAAUUCUUUAUUUACUUAUUUUCAAUUUUAUCUUUAUUUAAUUAAAGAAAAUUUUUUACUUAAUAUUUAAUCUUAUUUUUAAUUACAUUUUUAUUUAUUAUUCCAAAAUUUAAAUUUUUAGCUUAUUAUUUUAUAUCAAUUAUUAAAUGUUUUAAAUUAAUUAUUAUUUUAGUUUCUGAUUUUUGAAUUUUUGGAUAUUGAAUCAUUAAAACUAUUUUCAUGUUCAAGUAAAAGUGUGUUUUGACUUUCAUUAUAUUUUAUAGUUAUAAUCUCCAAUUUUUUUUUAUGAAUUGUUUUAUUAUUUUUUGUAUAUGUUGAAAUUAAUUUUGGCUGAAUAUGUUUUAAUAAAAGAACACUAACAAAAUAAAUACAAUUUAGUGCCUUUAACUUUUUUAAAAAAAAAUUGAUAUUUGAAUUGAGUAUUUCGUAUUCCAUUAUAGAAAUGAUAAAUGGAACAUAAAUUGUUCCCAAUCUAAUAUAAAUUGUAUUUGAUGUAUUAAAAGGUUAUAGAAUUUCAUAUAUUUGUAAAUAUAUAUAAUUAUAAAAUAUUUUCUAAAUAAAAUAUCUGUAUAUUUUAAUAAUUUUUAGUAUUAUUAGUCUACCUCUAGUUAUUUAAGAUAAAAGAUUAAUUUGUAUUAUUAUUUUGGAAACAUAAAUACUAGUUUUAAAAUACUUUUAUUUAUGUAUACAUUAAUUGUAAUAUCAUUAUAAAAUCAACUGUCGUGUACUAUUUCUGUAUUUCAAGAUAGAUUUAUUUGGUUGUUUUAAUGUCCUGUCAGGUGAUCUCUGUUACUAAUUUUGAACUCUAGACCAUUUUACUAACAUCUUUGUAAAUUUAUUAACUGUUUGUGUACAAUAUGUUUGCAUGAACAAAAUUUAACUUAAGUAUUGUUGGCCUGUUGCUUAAAAUGAUAAAAAAUGAGAUUAAAACUAUUCAUUGUUAAUUAUCUUGCUAUUUAAUUUUAACAAAUUAUGAUUCAAGCAAGCUAAUUUUUGGUAUGUUCACUGUUCCUGCAUUGUAAUUAUGUAGCAUUGUACAUUAAGUGUCUCCUCCAAAAUUUGUAUGCUUUUUAUUGACAACUUACACAAAAAUUGUAUUUAAUUUUUAAUAUAAAUUAUAAUAAAGUGCCAUUAUAAUUUGACACUUAGAUAAAUUUGCUCUUGUAAAAAUUUUACUGAUAUGAUGAAUUUUGAUACAGUUUAUUAUUUAUCAUUUUGAAUCUAAUUUUUAUAGUGAUGGAUUAUUAUUUAGUAAAUUUUUUUUUCUAUAAAAUAUUUCCCAAUUACACUUUAAUUUUUAAAGACACUGUGAAAUCACUGUCUGAACAUUAUUUUUCUAUGUCUUUAAUUAACUUGAGUAAUAGAACUAUCAGCAACAUUUUUCUGUGUAAUAUUUUGUUAGAAUAAAUACUAAUGUAUUUUAAUUUUUUCUUUUUAUUAUGCAUAAUUUAUAUAAUUAUUAUUGUUUAGUUUAAUUAAAAAUUUUUAAAUAGAAUUUUUAAUGAUUAAUAUUUUUUAAACAAAAUUUUAUAGCAAAAUCAAAUGUUUCUUUGAAAUUAUUUUUGAUUACUAAAAUACCAUUAAUCAAUAUUUUUUUUUGUUUAAUUAAUGCGUAUAUAAGUUUAUAAAUCUAAUUUUGAGAAAAGGUUUUUGAAAUUAAUUUAUUAUUCUAUUAUAAUUUCAUUGGUGCAGAGUGGUUAAAUGUUAUGUAGUAGCUAAGUUAAGCUUUUUUUCUUAUGAACUUUUAUAUGUAAAAGCACCUGUGAUUUUUUUGAUAACUUUUCUUGGAGGUAGCAAAUUUUUUAAACUGAUGUGCUAAGCAUUUCGACUUAUACCUAUUUAUAAUAUCCUAAUAGUAUUGCAUAGUUUUUUAAUUUAUAGAAAAUUAUUCACUAAAAUGUUUUGAUCUAUCAAUACUAAAAUUUAAAUAUACUUGUGAAGUCAAGGAA